UUCCGCCUGGGCGACAGAGCGACACUCUGUCUCAAAAAAAAAGAAAAAGAAAAUAGUUUGUGUUUCGGGGCCUCUCACUUCUCCAGCGUCCCGAUACGCCCGGGGAUUGCAGAGAACCCACACCUAUUCGUAGAUUAUGAGCACUCCCGGGGACCCAGCGCGGCGAAGCCUGCCAGGAUCGCGGGCGACCGGCGGCGGUUCCGGUUCCCCGGUCUGGGCCCGGCUUGGGUUACGCUCUGGGUGGGGGCUCCGCAGCGGCUCCCUAGUUAGCGGGCGCCCCGGUGGGCUCCAGCUUUAGGGGUCGCUGGAGCGGCUCUGGCAUCACCUCGGAGUUGACGAAGCGGGAAGAGCCCCGCGCCAGUGCUGCCCCUACAGAGCUCUCAGCGAGGGGUGGAGGUGAGGUUACCCCCAGCCCCUACCCCCGCCUUCCCCUCCGGCGCCCGCGGAGAGGACUGGGGGCUGCAGGGAGGGGUUGUGCCGUGAGCGGGCGGGUUCCGGAGGCUCCGAGGUGGGGCGGGGCCCGAGCCGGAGUCUAGAGUCCCUGCGGCGGGUGGGGGAAGGAAAGACGGGUGGCGCGACCCUCUGUCCCCGCCCCGGGGGCGGAGCCCAGGUCCCAGCCUGCGGAGCGCGAGACCCGCCGAAAUCCGCCGGAGGCUACCUGUGCGGCUCCUGCAGCCCUGCACCGGGAUCUGGGGAUACCCGCCCCCCGCCCCACCGGUGCUGUGGCCCUCGGCCCCAGCGCAGGUGCUGGUGGGGCUUCUCUGUCCCUUUCACCCCAGGCGCAUCCGCUGCGACGGCCAUGGCGCGAGGAGACGCCCCGCGGGACAGCUACCACCUGGUCGGGAUCAGCUUCUUCAUCCUGGGGCUGGGCACCCUCCUUCCCUGGAACUUCUUCAUCACCGCCAUCCCGUACUUCCAGGCGCGACUGGCCGGGGCCAGCAACAGCACAACCAGGAUCCUGAGCACCAACCACACAGGCCCCGAGGAUGCCUUCAACUUCAACAAUUGGGUGACGCUGCUGUCCCAGCUGCCGCUGCUGCUCUUCACCCUUCUCAACUCCUUCCUGUACCAGUGCAUCCCGGAGACGGUGCGCAUUCUGGGCAGCCUGCUGGCCAUACUGCUGCUCUUUGCCCUAACGGCAGCAUUGGUCAAGGUGGACAUGAGCCCGGGACCCUUCUUCUCCAUCACCAUGGCCUCCGUCUGCUUCAUCAACUCCUUCAGUGCAGUCCUACAGGGCAGCCUCUUCGGGCAGCUGGGCACCAUGCCCUCCACCUACAGCACUCUCUUCCUCAGCGGCCAGGGCCUGGCUGGGAUCUUUGCUGCCCUUGCCAUGCUCCUGUCCAUGGCCAGUGGCGUGGACGCCCAGACCUCCGCCCUGGGGUACUUUAUCACGCCCUGUGUGGGCAUCCUCAUGUCCAUCAUGUGUUACCUGAGCCUGCCUCACCUGAAGUUUGCCCGCUACUACCUGGCCAAUAAACCAUCCCAGGCCCAAGCUCAGGAGCUGGAGACCAAAGCUGAGCUCCUCCAGUCUGAUGAGAACGGGAUUCCCAGUAGUCCCCAGAAGGUAGCUCUGACCCUGGAUCUUGACCUGGAGAAGGAGCCGGAAUCAGAGCCAGAUGAGCCCCAGAAGUCAGGAAAACCUUCGGUCUUCGUUGUCUUCCAGAAGAUCUGGCUGACAGCGCUGUGCCUUGUGUUGGUCUUCACAGUCACCCUGUCCGUCUUCCCCGCCAUCACAGCUAUGGUGACCAGCUCCACCAGUCCCGGGAAGUGGAGUCAGUUCUUCAACCCCAUCUGCUGCUUCCUCCUCUUCAACAUCAUGGACUGGCUGGGACGGAGCCUGACCUCUUACUUCCUGUGGACGAGGACAGCCGGCUGCUGCCCCUGCUGGUCUGCCUGCGGUUCCUGUUCGUGCCCCUCUUCAUGCUGUGCCACGUGCCCCAGAGGUCCCGGCUGCCCACCCUCUUCCCACAGGAUGCCUACUUCAUCACCUUCAUGCUGCUCUUUGCCAUUUCUAAUGGCUACCUGGUGUCCCUCACCAUGUGCUUGGCACCCAGGCAGGUGCUGCCACACGAGAGGGAGGUGGCUGGCGCCCUCAUGACCUUCUUCCUGGCCCUGGGACUUUCCUGUGGAGCCUCCCUCUCCUUCCUCUUCAAGGCGCUUCUCUGAAGUGGCCCCUCCGGGCUCUUUGGCAGCCUCUUCUCAACGUCUCCUUCUGAAGCUGAGAUCCAGCCCAGGGCGAAUGGCGAGCUUGGCUUAGGCCUCUGCUGGGUGGAGGCCUCUGGGCCUGGGGUUACCAGCAGGGGGCAGGAGCUGCUCUUCAUCCACUUGGAGUGCUGCGGGGAAGAAUUCAUCACCAGUCAUUCUAACCCUCACCCAGGAAUGGGGGUGACUUGCACAAGACCUCAUGGAAAGGGUGAUGUCUAGAGAAGAGACGGUACAGGGCAUGGCCACUCCCCACCACCAGGUCUGCAUUUGUUCAUCAUCACCAGGAGCAGAGGCAACCAGAGGGUUCAGAGUGGGAGGUGGGGCCAGCCCAGGGCAGGAGCUCCUCAUCCUCCCAGGCCUCAGCGACCCAGGGUAAAAGGUGCCAGGGAUGUUGCGGGGACCUGGAAGAAGAAACAGGUGUUGAGGACCUGAGAGUGCUCAAAGGGCCAGGCUCAGCCUCAAGCAGUGUUUUCAUUGCCAACACUUACUGUCCCCACUCCACAGAGCCCAGCUGGGCCUGGGCCCCAGAGCCACAGCUAGCCUGCAUGUGUGCACUGCACUUUACAGUUUGCAAACCUCUUCCAUACCCACUCUCUCACCGAAGCCUAAUUGAGGCCCUUGAAAGGAGCUGGGCAAGGAUUGUGCUUCCCCCAUUAUACAGGUGAGGAAACUGAGUCCUGGGGAAUGUGACUGGUCCGCGGUAGAGCCGGGAUCCAACCCCAUCUCCCUCCUCCCUGUAGGUGCUGUUCUUCCUGCCCAACACCUGUUUCUGUUUUCCUCAAGGGAUUCGGGGCAGGAGCCCUGGGUACUUACUCCCCCUUUUUGCUGUUUCUCCUUCAGACCCUGCUCUUGGGUCUAAUAACAACCCCAUUUAUUUGUA